AUGAAAGCAUAUAGAAUAGAGCAUUGCUUUUCUUUUCGUCGACAUCCAGUCGAAUCAGCUGAAGAAGAGUGCGAUGAAAAUGAAAAACAAUUUAAGUUGACACAGACGGAUACGACUGAUCAUGUCACAGAUGAUCAGCCGACAAACUAUUUGGCAUCCUCAGCUCAAGCAAACAUGAUUUUGGCAGUUUCAACGAGAGCUCAAGCAGCGCAACAAAAAUUUUCAGAUGGUUCGACCACGACACCAAACGUUAAUGUGGCUCCGCAGCUAGUCCAGGAUCGACAUGAACUCGAUACGCUCUGGGGAACAGCGCGACAUAACUUCUGUGCUCAUUUAUUGGAGAGUCUAGCAGAGGAUCAUCAAGUCAGAUACUCAAAAUGA